UCGGUAUCUCUGGAAGGGCGCCCAUCCCAGCAGGGAAUUCGCUCCCACCCGAGCGCGGCUGACGGGGUAAGGGGCGGGAAUUCACCCCUUUUAUCCCUGUUUUUGGCAGCCCCGCCGGCUCCCGACCCUGCUCUUGGAAGGCAUGGAAGGAGCUCGUCCUCACCUGAGCUCAGAUGUGACCACCCCGGCCCUCAGGAAGGCGCUCACCCCGCGCGGCCACGAGGACGCCGACACGGCGAUCAUCGCAGUGACCAUCACCCUGGUGUUCCUCACCCUGCUGACGGCGCUGGUGGUGAUUGGGAUCUACCUGUACCGAAACAGGGGCACCUACCACACCUACGAGCAGCCCGACCCCCACCCGGCCCCGGCCGAGGAGGAACCCCCGGCCAAGGAAAAGGAGGAAUAUUUUAUCUGAGGACAGGGAAUUCCCGGCAUUUUAAAUUUUUUCUGGGGGGAUGUCUGCCUGGAUUGCCCAGAGUUAGGGGUUCUGCUUGAAUUCCUUGGAUUUUGGGGGUCUGCUUGAAUCGCUCGGAGUUGGGAGCAUGCCUGAAUAUC